GGAGAUGGACCGGUACUGUGUCACACAGUUUAAUGUCCGCCAGGCAACUGUGUACGACCGGUGCUCUCGCUGCAAUUUAGAAUUUAAUUUAAGCUUAAAUUCGUGCUUUUGAUAACUUUUAUGGAGGAUUCUAAGCAGACAGGCACAGAAGACAAUGUUCCUUCUGUUAUUGACCGAUAUUUUACACGUUGGUACCGAGCCGAUUUAAAAGGGAAACCGUGUGAGGAUCACUGCGUCCUACAGCAUUCAAACAGAAUAUGCGUUGUCACAUUAGCAGAAACUCACCCAAUCCUUCAGAAUGGACGAACAAUCAAGAGCAUCAACUAUCAGAUCAGCGACGGCUGUAGUCGGCUGAAGAAUAAAGUGUCUGGAAAAUCCAAGAGGGGUGGACAGUUUCUGACAGAUUUUGCGCCUCUGUGUCGAAUCACAUGCACGGAUGAAACGGAAUACACAAUUUAUAGCUGCAUACGAGGACGUCUUCUCGAAGUCAAUGAAAGAAUCUUGGAAACACCAAGUCUCUUACUUGAAAAGCCGUCCACUGAAGGCUACAUCGCUGUCAUUCUGCCAAAAUUUGAGGAAAGCAAGAGCAUAACGGAGAAUCUCCUGAGCAGAGAGGAGUUUGAAAACAUUGUGUCGAAGAGACGCGUUGCUGAGUCACAGUCCUCUUGAUAGACCUCCAUUUUUAGGCUGGAACUGUAAGGCAAGAACUCUUCAUUCUUUCAACUCGAGCACAAGAACAGAAGCUAUCCUGGAAUAUGGUAUUUACUUGACAGUGUUUCUAAAGGUGUUUGUUUUGCUUUGUGAAUGAGUUAAUUAACUACAUCAAAUUAAGUUACAAGUUUUUUUAUAAAUGACCCUCAACCAACACGGAUUUAAUAAAAAUAUUGUUUAUUUUUUAAGUGUCAUUUUAAGCUUUUUCGUUGUCAAAAUUAUAGACAAUCCAAAACUAGAUUUUUUUUUUAUCUUCACUUCUGUUGACCCGCUAUAAUACCCAGCAUCCUUAGCUGCAAAGCAUUUCCUAAAGCUUACGGCCUAUUAAUAACUGUCUCCGUCAUCAUCACACCA